AUGAUUUACUCUGUAUCAAAUCUUGAUACUUUCAAAGAUUUCUAAAAUUUUAUCAAUCUAAACCCAGACUCUGAAUUUCAGAUUGAAAUCAUAUAAUAUGAGAAAGACAAGAGGGAUCAUAAAGAAGAAGAGUAAGAAAUAAGACAAAAAAACAGAUCAAAGAAAUAAUUAGAUGAUCAGUCAAAGAAUUUCAGUCAACUUUCAUUAUUGCCAUCCUCAGAUCGUAACUAUACUAUCCAAUUAUAACAUAAUAUAGGUGAAAAGGAAAGGACAAAUUCAUUUAAGAGAAUCUCAGACUAGAAUCAGAAUAAAGGAAGGUAUUCUAGUAAAAAUGAAUAAAUUUUGGCUUAAAACAUGCCAUAGCCAGAAAAAUUUAUCUCCGACUCCACAAAUUUCUAAUCUCCUGAUAAUAUUAGAGGAUACAACUUGGCAUCUUCCACUCUCUAUAAGAUUUCAUAAAAUACAAAUACAAUCUCUCAAGAAACAAUAAUCAAAAGUAAAAGCAAUGAAAACCCUAAAAUCACCAAUUCAGUAGGAGCUUAAAAGGUAAGCAAAUGGACUGAUGACAGCUUUAAUCAUCUAAGAGCCUAAUCAUUGCUAAAUUUUGAGAGAGCUAGAAUGGGCAAUUGCUUAAAAAGAGCUGUGUGUAAAAUCUUCUCUAAAAUUCAAAAGCACACAAAAAAUCUCCAACUCAUUCAGAAAGUUAUUUUCCAGAGUCUCGAUAGAAUAGGAGAUAUCCAGAAUUUCGACAAAAUGAUGGAAUCUUAGAAAAACGCCAUGACCUCCUCCAUUCUGGUCAUCGAAAGUGAGGUCGGUACUCAGUUUUACUUUAUCAUCAAAUAUUUUAGAGAGGUAAAACAGUUCUAUGAUAGUCUAGAAUCCCUUUGCAAGAUGGAUAUUUAUUUAGAGCGAGGUAAUCCCAUUGAAAUUUUGAAAAGUUUCGUACCACUCUUUAUUAGAAAAUAAGAUGAUCUUCAACUUCAUGAGUUACUUUCUAACAUCAGUUAAGGUCUGACUUUUGAGCAGGCAAAGAAAAGAAGAUAGUACACUCCAAUUAAAAAUAACAGACCAUAUCUUCCUCGGGAUCACCAUAGUUUUUUAAAAGAGCAUCAUCUUUAAGACAAAAAUCCAACAUCUGGGAAGAAGCAUUUGAACCUAUGCGAUAAAAAUGAAGAGAUUAAAGAUAAUUCUCCAAUUCAACUUAUCAUUUAGCCUGAUGAAAAUGAGGAUUCAACUUUCUAAAAUUUCUAAACGCUUCAUCAGGAAGAAAUUGAUUUUUCCCCAAGAGAUAUGGUUUUUCCGGAAAAAAAGAGAGAUUUAAAAAGUUAAGAUAAAUCUGAAAAAAGAUAAUUUAAAAAACUACUCUAAUCCCCUCCAAAGUAACCUAAGUCAUCUAUGAAAACUAAUUCUAACUCAAAAACACAAUAGAAAUGUAAAACUGCCUAAAAAUAUUAAGAACCUUAACUUCAAAAAAUUUCUAAGGCUAAAUAUCAAUCAUAUACCAAGAAAAAUUCUAAGUUCCAUUCAAAACUUGGUAAAUAAAAUCUUAGAAAGUAUAAAAAAAACAAGUACUAAAAUGAUCUUUCAUUUUUCUCCGAUAAUUAAGGUAUGACUACAGACUAUAACACUGAAGCUGCUUUGAAAGCUGUUAACAUUAAUCCCGUUAUCAAAAGCCAUGAAGUAAAAGUAUAAUAGAGGAGAAAAGACAAUUAACUAAAUUUUCUGUUUUAAGAAUAAAUUCUUUUUACAAACCCAAUCGAUGUAUAACCCAGCAAUCUCUAGCAUUCUACUAACUUACAAGUCAAAAUGGAAGACGAUCCAUUCAAUCAACAAUAAGAGUUGGAAGAUAAAAAAAUAAUGUUCCAAGAAUAGUUCGAAAUACAUAGCAUCUAGGAUUCAGAAACCUAAAUAUUAAAAAUGCUUGAAAAAGACUUAUUGAAACUUUAGGAUGUUAGGUUUCGAUCAGUUUAGAAUUCUCAUAAUUAAUCACCAUGGUUUGAAGACUUAUAGAAACCUGAUAUCACGAAGUUCCUAAAAUCAAAUGAUCAACCCAAAAGAGCUAGCUAGAAAAUGAAUUUACAAAAGAAUGAUUAAUCUUAUUCAGAGCCUAGCAGCAAAAAACCAAAUCUCAAUAAAAAUAAAUUCCAAAAUUUUGACCUUGAAACUAUUAUGAAAGAGGAAAGCCAUUUUCAUAAUACCUAAAAGAACUUUUUCUGA